GCUGCCCAGGCCGGGCGCCGGGCUCCCCACGUGCAAGGCGCGGUGACAGCGGGCCGGGGCAGGAACCUUCUGCCGCCCGCUGAUUGGCCCGGGGCUCGGCCGGGGCCACGCCCAGCUCUACUGCUCUCCGCCCGGGCCGGCGGCCGGGGCAGAGUCGCUGGGCUGCGCCCUAGCUGGUGCCCGCGUCGAGCCCGGCUGGUCCCCCCCCCCCCCCCGCCCAACAUGCUGAGCCGGGUGCCCGGUGUAAUAAUCUUGGAAGUACCUGAAAAUAUCUGUCACCUGUAUCAGAGCACCACAGUUCAAGUUUAGUCCUUUCUACACACACUGCUCAGAACAUGGGGGAAAAUGAUGAUGAAAAGCACAGCCAAAGUGGCCAGAUAUUUGAAAAUUUUGUACAAGCAUCAACAUGCAAAGGUACCAUUCAGGCCUUUAAUAUCCUCACCCGUCAACUUGAACUAGAUCCGUUGGACUACAGAAAUUUCUAUACUAAAUUGAAGUCAAAGGUAACCACCUGGAAGGCCAAAGCUUUGUGGAACAAGCUUGAUAAAAGAAUAAGUCAUAAAGAAUAUAAGCGAGGAAGAUCUUGUAUGAACACUAAGUGUCUGAUUAUUGGAGGUGGUCCAUGUGGUUUGCGGACUGCCAUAGAACUUGCCUUUCUGGGAGCCAAGGUUGUGAUUGUGGAGAAGCGGGACACUUUUUCAAGAAACAAUGUGCUGCAUCUCUGGCCUUUUACAAUUCAUGACCUCCGGGGUUUGGGAGCAAAAAAAUUUUAUGGAAAAUUCUGCGGAGGAUCUAUUGACCAUAUCAGUAUUCGACAACUUCAGCUUAUCCUCUUCAAAGUUGCACUUAUGCUGGGAAUUGAAAUCCACGUGAACAUAGAGUUUGUGAAAGUUCUGGAACCUCCUGAAGAUCAGGAAAACCAAAAGAUAGGUUGGCGGGCUGAAUUUCUCCCAAUGGAUCACCCUCUGUCAGAGUUUGAAUUUGAUGUUAUUAUUGGUGCAGAUGGUCGCAGGAACACGUUAGAAGGUUUUAGAAGGAAGGAGUUUCGUGGAAAGCUGGCUAUAGCUAUCACAGCCAACUUUAUCAACAGAAACACAACUGCAGAAGCCAAGGUGGAAGAAAUUAGUGGUGUCGCUUUCAUCUUCAAUCAAAAAUUCUUCCAGGACCUUAAAGAGGAAACGGGAAUUGACCUGGAGAAUAUUGUUUACUACAAAGAUAGCACUCACUAUUUUGUAAUGACAGCAAAAAAGCAGAGUCUUCUGGACAAAGGAGUGAUUAUCAAUGACUUUAUUGAUACCGAGAUGCUUCUCUGUGGGGAAAACGUAAACCAGGAUAAUCUGCUGUCAUAUGCAAGGGAAGCUGCAGACUUUGCAACCAAUUACCAGCUGCCUUCCUUGGAUUUUGCGAUUAAUCACUAUGGGCAGCCAGACGUGGCUAUGUUUGAUUUUACUUCCAUGUAUGCCUCUGAAAAUGCUGCACUAAUAAGAGAAAGGCACAGACAUCAGCUCUUAGUUGCCCUUGUUGGAGAUAGUUUACUUGAGCCCUUCUGGCCGAUGGGUACCGGCUGUGCAAGAGGCUUCCUAGCAGCUUUUGAUACAGCAUGGAUGGUGAAGAGCUGGGAUCAAGGAAAACCCCCACUAGAGAUCCUUGCUGAACGAGAGAGCAUUUAUCGACUAUUGCCCCAGACUACACCCGAAAAUAUCAACAAGAACUUUGACCAGUAUACCAUUGACCCAGGAACACGCUAUCCAAACUUGAACUCCAGCUGUGUUCGACCUCAUCAGGUUAGACAUCUGUAUGUUACAAAUGAGCUACAACAAUGUCCUCUUGAAAGGGUCAGCUCUAUUAGAAGAUCAGUGAAUGUCUCAAGGCAUGAAUCCGAUAUUCGACCUAAUAAGCUUUUAACCUGGUGUCAGAAACAGACAGAAGGCUACAGGAACAUUAAUGUCACUGAUCUCACUACUUCUUGGAGGAGUGGCCUUGGGCUGUGUGCAAUUAUGCACCGCUUCAGACCUGACCUCAUUGACUUUGACUCUUUGAAUGAAGAAAAUGUUGUUGAAAACAACCAGCUGGUGUUUGACAUCGCUGAAAAAGAAUUUGGAAUUCCUCCAGUCACCACUGGGAAAGAGAUGGCAUCUGCUGGAGAGCCUGAUAAGCUUAGCAUGGUCAUGUACCUCUCAAAAUUCUAUGAGCUAUUUAGAGGAACCCCUCUGAGAGCAGUUGAUGCUGUGGAUAAGCAAAAUGGAGAAAAUAAUGACCUUUGCUCAGCAAAAUCAUCAAACUUCAUCUUUAAUAGCUACAUCAAUUUAACGUUCCCAAGGAAGCGAGUACCAAAAGUUGAAAGGAGAGAAGAAAAUGAUAUGAACAAAAGGCGUCGAAAGGGCUUUGGUGGCUUUGAAGAGGCUUCAAGUUUUUCUAGUCGGGCGACAAUUUCUGGGAAAGAUCAGGGCGACAGAGAAGGAAUGAAUCAAAAUAAAGUCAAGUCAAUGGCAACGCAGCUGUUGGCAAAGUUUGAAGAAAAUGCCCCAAACACAUCUCUCCGGAGACAAGAGCUAGUAGAUAAAUCAGCCCUGCUAUUGUCCUCUGAUCCUCCUGCUAAUCCUCGCUUUACUAAGCCUAAGAAGCCAAGUCCUUCACCUCCACCAAAGAGUCAGUUUCAGGCAGUAGCUAGGACUGAACAUGCGGUCAGAGAGCCAAAGCAAUCUUUGCAUAGUUCUGAUCAUGUGGCCAGGGGAUCGAGAAUUAUAGAAAAAACAGACAUGCAAUCGAGGCUUUCAGAAACUCUUGCAUCUACCUGUCCUGCUGCAUUUGUGAUUUCUGGAGUGCUUAAACGCCUUCAGCAUGUGGAGGAAAAAAUUAAUCAGAAGAAAGCUCAGUCCGUAGCAAAUAGGGAAUUUCAUAAAAAGAACAUUAAAGAGAAAGCAGCUCAUCUUGCCUCAAUGUUUGGAUUCAUGGACUUACCAAAGAAUAAACUACCUAUUAAAGGCCUAUCUUAUUAUCAGCCCCCAACUCCCUCUUGCCUUCCAGCUCAUGAUUCAGCUGCUACUUCAUCUUCAUCAUCUAUUCACUCAGCUUCCCCUGCUGUUCAGUCUAGCAAGAUGACUGUAGGAAAGGUGUCGCAUGGAAUAGGUAUUGUGGCUGAAGUCCUUGUCAAUCUUUAUGUGAAUGACCACAGGCCCAAGCCACAGUUUUCCUCCCCAGAACUGCAGGGAUCUCUGCGAAAAGAAUUUCCUCAGACUAUAGGUGGCAGAGACAUCUGUUACUUCUGCAAGAAACGGGUAUAUGUCAUGGAGCGGCUGAGUGCAGAGGGCCACUUCUUUCAUAGGGAAUGCUUUAAGUGUGAUGUAUGUUCUACAACGCUCCGCCUAGCAAUCUAUGCUUUUGAUGUAGAACAAGGUAAAUUUUACUGCAAACCUCAUUUUACACACUGUAAAACAAGCAAUAAGCACAGGAAAAGACGAUCUACAUUAAAGAUGCAAGAGAAAGUGGAAACAGAAAUGUGGACGCAAGAGGAACCCAAGCACCCCGAAACCACCACAGAAAGUACUUCUACUACUGUUAGCGUUCCAGAAGACAGGCCCCCAGACUACUACCUCAAUAUAGCAGAUGAACCUACCUCUCCUAAGAAGCCUAAGAAUGCCCCUGAGCACUAUGACUUAGAGAGCAGGUGUUCGGCCUUUUCCUCCGAUUGGACUUCUGUGAGAAUCAUCCCAGAGGAAGAAAUGACAGAGCACAACCUUCUGGCCAUUCGAGUCAUGGUAACCAGUGAUGGGAGCAGUUCAGAGCUGGAAUCUGAUUUUUAUGGUGACUCAUCGAAUUCUGAAAUUAGCGAAGGACAGAUCUCAUUGCCUGAGCCUGUGUCCUAUACAAAUCCCAUAAAAGAUCAUGCAUCACUGACCACAAGUUCUGUGAAGGAAGAGGAGUGCUGUGAAAAGUCCAAAGCUGCUGAUGCACUACAAAGAGCUAAUAGUUUCCACUCCUCUACGCUGAAUAAAUACCAGAAUUGGAGAAGAAAAAUUCAGUCUAAUUUCCCUCUACUGUACAGCAAGAGAGCUGGGCUUCAUUCACAAGAGAGCUCUGCCAGAUCUCAGAGUGCUCUUGAAGAUGAUGUAUCCCAAUCACAGUUGACAUCUCUCAGCAAACCACCAGAAAUUGCAAGAGGACUUUUCAAACACUACAUCCCAGUGUUUCAAAGAAAGCCAAAAGCCAAAGAGACACCUGAAGAAAUCUGUCGAUAUGUGCCCCAUCACCCAUUUCAGAACAGUACUACUAGAUCUCCAUUGAUGCAUUCUGGAAAUGUUACUUCAGUUGCUAAUGUAUAUAAGCAUAAAGAUGAAAAUGAUAACAAUAAGGAAUAUAAUGUAAGUAACUUGCAUGAGAGUGAAGAAUGUACCACCAGAACAAGGGCCUUCAACAGAAAAAUUAUAGAUUUGUCCUCUCUAGACACAGAAAAAAAAUAUGAAAGAAAUCCAAGACAGCUGAAAGAACAGCCUGACCUAGAAAUAAAUGCAAUAAAAAAACAGAUAAGGAAAAAAUUAAUGCUUGGUACAGAGCAGCAAUCCAAAUUACUUGAUAUGAAGAAUGCAGAUCUAGGUGGAACAAAACCAGAACAUCCAAGCAAAGGAAUGCUGGAAAUUUCAGAAUGGAAGGAUGAUGGUAAUAGGAGAAAAAACAUAUUCAACCAAUCCAGUCUUUCUGUGCCUCUUCCACUUGCAAAUGAUGCUUUGCCAACUUCGUCAGACACAAAAGAUAUUCCAAAGAGUACAGACAGUUUUGUAGAAGAACAUCUGUCUAGUCGACCGAAAUCACCAUUGAGACUAAUUGCCAGUGCAAUAAAGAGAUCCAUUCUAGAACCUCUUGUCUCUCAUCCAGAAAGCAUAAAAAAGAGCCCAGACAGUAAAGCCAACCCUACUUCAGAACACACCUUUUUCAGUCCCCCUAACACUUUUGGCCAUUCUGUAUGUUUAAGGAACAAUAACGGUAAUGGAGAAUAUGACCGACAACCACAAGAAUCUAAUGUACUGGAAACUAGAAGCUCAGUCAUAAACUCACCUAGUCUUUCCUGUAGUCUUGAAGAGAAAUCUUCAUGUGAUUUCACAGAGGUCGUAUUUCCAGUUUCCGGUUUGCAUACGAGUCCUUCCAAAGCUGCUGUUAAGUCUGAAAAUUCAUCUGGUGUGAAGAUGGAGGAUGUACCCAGACUCCUAGAAAAGUUUACUCUUAAAGAGACUUCACUGAGGUCUUCCACUGAUGACUUAUGUAUUUGUAACCAGAAGAACCUUCUUAUUUCAUCUCUAAGGCUCAAGAACAAAACUUCCGAGGACAUCCUUGGAGAUCCUGAACAAAUGAAUGAUAUCUGCUUGCUCUUUAGUAACUUGAGGAAUAAAGUCAAUGAAAGGGAAAAGAACAAUUCCUUAAAGUCAUCUAUUUCCUUCAUUAACAACUUUUCCCCAGAAAAAGUGCUAAAUAAUAUUUCCACUGAUGAGGACUCAGGCUCUGAACACCUAUCUGUCAAAAAACAAGUGACUGCAUCUUGUUCUUCUUCCUCUGAUGGUGAAUUUGAACACAAGCCUUCAAUAGCACUCAAGGCAAAAAGGACCCUUAGAAGAAGGAAAAAACUAGAAAAGGAAACAAAGCAACUGGUUAAACAAGAGGAGCUGAAAAGACUUCAUAAAGCCCAGGCUAUACAGCGCCAACUGGAAGAAGUGGAGGAAAGACAGAGGGCCCUUGAGAUAAAUGGUGUUAAACUGGAGAGGGAACUGCGAGGAGAAUCAGAUUCAGGCACACAGGAUGAAACUCAGCUGUUACAUGAAUGGUUUGAGCUGGUCCUGGAGAAGAAUAAAUUGGUGCGUUAUGAGUCUGAGCUCUUGACCAUAGCCCAGGAACUAGAACUGGAGGAUCACCAAAGAAGAUUGGAGCAGAAACUGAGAGAGAAAAUGGCCAUUGAUGAUAGCCUAAAAAAUGAACAAGAACUGAACAAGGAGCAUGAAAUUUUUACUGAGAUGAUGGAAGUGAUUGAAGAAAGGGACAAACUUGUGUCUUCCUUAGAAGAGCAGAGACUGAAGAAAAAGGCCGAAGAUCAGCACUUUGAAAGCUUUAUAUUAUCUAAGGGUUAUCAACUCAGCAGGACUUAGCCACAUGCAAAUGUAUGGAACUUUAGCUAUAUUAACCAACAUGGAGACGGUUCUUUGGCAAAGAUCUGGCUGAAACUGAAGGAAUCAUAUCAUUUUAACAUCAAACACUUUUAAACAGGCUUUUUGCUUGCACAACAGUGUCUCUAGUUCCACAGAUAAUUACAGGAAGAAACAUUGCAAUCUCAUUGUCAACAAAAAGGGCUAGUCAUCUUGUGAGAUGGAAAAGAACUGAAUUCACCUGUGUGAUGGACAGUAUGUGAAAAUUACACUGGAGCUGUCCAUUGUUUUUCUUUUCUCUGUAAUUUUAUUUUAAAUCUGAGAACAGAGUUCCUAGAGACAUAACUACAUGAUCUGGUACUUUUGAAACAGCAACAUUUUCCAUUCAUUUGUCUGAAUCUGUGUGUAUUUUUGUUUGUUUUUGCAUGGUUGAGCCACAAUGAACUGUAUUCAAGUGUCAAAUAAGCAUUAGGUUAGUGUUUAAAAUGUAUUUCUAAAGGAGAAGGGGAAGAGUCUUUAGAAUACUGAGUACACACAUUGUAAAUAACAAGUGUAAAUGCAAGGUCAGGCAAAUUUAAUUAUCAGGUGUAUUUGCAAGCUGAAUGCACUGUAUUAUUGAAUGAGGACUUAAUACCAUAUUAAAACCUUACAUUAUGUA